AGGACCCAAGGACUCUUCGCUUUCGGAGGCUGCGCCCAGCCCGUCGGGAUGCGCCCGGUUCUCCCGGAACAUCUCUUGCCCUCUCCGGGAUUUCGCGGGUUCUCACUGGAAGCAUCCCCGCUGGACCGAAGACGAAAUCCAGGCUUUUAUUGAGAUCUGGGGGGACACAUCCGUACAGCGAGCCCUCUUCUCCAACUACCGGACCGUCUCUCAGUUUGAGUGGAUCUCGUGCCAGAUGAAGGCCCGGGGUUAUGACCGGAAUUGGCUCCAGUGCCGGGAAAAAGCCAAACAUCUCCGGAAAAGCUACAAGGAUUGCCUCGGAGGGCACAGCCACUGGGGAUCUGGGAGGAGAACGUGGCCUUUUUUCAAGCAGCUGAAUCAGUUCCUGCGCGUUGAGCAGGAGCUGGUGGUUCCACGGGAGAUCGGGCGUCAGGAGGUCCAGCAUCAUCUCGUCGACCGCCGGCGCAAAAGAAUGAAGAACUCGGCUGGUCCAGUGGCCAAAGCUGCCCAGGUUCAAGUGGAGGUAGAAGCCCAUGAGCUGCAGACAAAGAAGCAGGCGAAGCAUCCCCCUCGCUUCCCGCCGAAUGGGACGUCCCGCUCAGG